AUGGCGUUGAGUUUUCGGUUUCAGGGUGAUGGAAUUAGCAUGCUUCCUGAUUAUAUAUUAGUAUUAAUAUUGUCUUCCUUGACCUUGAAAGAAGCUGCAAGGACUAGCACACUUUGCUCUCGAUGGAGGUACUUGUGGACCCUCACACCUACAUUAGAUCUACAGGUCGAUUGGAUAGAUACAUUGAGAAAUUAUGACAUAGAUGAGUUAAGACACAAGUAUGUUGAAUGGGUUGAUAGACUACUCACCAAACUCCCCAAGGCCUCCACCACUAAUCUUGUCAAAUUCAGAGUCUUGUUCGAUUUAUCCUCAUACUUGAGUGAUCGGAUCAAUGAUUGGCUUAGCUACGCUGUUAGUAGAAAGGCCGAGAGCAUUGAUUUGACCUUGAAGGCCAAUUUACCAGGAAAUUGUUACCCUUUCCCAUACAAACAAGGCAACUUCCCCAACAAUCUUAAGCUGCUCAAGAAGCUGAGUUUUAGUUAUGUGAAUGUGAGUUGUGAGGUCGUGGCGUUUUUGUUGGGGAACUGUCGUCUCCUCGAGCAACUGUCCCUAUGUGGAAUCCCGCUUUCGUCUCUGGAGGUUAUUCCGACCUCGCCCGUGUUCAAAUGCCUAGAAAUCAGCCGGUGCAGUGCUCUCAACUCAGUUGUGGUCCGUGAAUCGAAGGUUGUCUGCAUCAAGUACAAUGGUGCGGGUAAACCACAUUGUCGUUUCGAGCUCGUCGAUGUUCCCCUCCUUACUGAGCUCUGGAUUCAGGCGAAGGCUCGUCAACAAUAUAUUUCUGCACUCACAGACAUUUUAAGCAUGACACUUUGUCGGAUGUUAAGAUGAUGCCUAAUCUUAAGGAGUUGGUGGUGGUUCUUGGGAGUGGUCACAGGGACAAUUCUCCUCUCUCGCCAAUAAUACAUUGGUCUAGUGUAGUACCUUGCUUGUAGAGAUUUGUGAUAGAGGCGUCACACCAAGAGAUGAACGAAGCAGACAAGAAGGAGGUAAUGUAUUCUUCAACAUGCUCUUCUCAGUUUUGCUUGUGUCGAGGUCGGAGGGAUUAUUCUCCUAUCAAGGAAGUAGUGUUUGUUGGAUAUCGUGGUGUGUGUAGUCAUUUUCAAAUGAUUGAACAAUUGGUGAUAUACAGUCUUGCACUAGAGAAGAUUAUUGUGGAUCCACGAAUUUUCUUGCUUUGCAAGAAUAUACCGUGGGAUUACAUUUCACGAAACCAAAUGGAGGAUAAAAUAUUUGCAAGGAAUUGAGCAAAGGAACAAUUCAAAUUCUAUGCUACUUCAAGAAUAAAUUUCGACAUUCUUUAGACUAGUGUUAGUGAAUUUCAUA